CUCGCCCAAUUCACGAUCACCCAGAUUUUCCUCCCCAAGUCCACAAACACAAACCACAACACAUUCUCUUCCUCAAGUCACCACCAACAACAAUAAUAUCUCACUCCCAAAACCCAAACCCAAACCCACAAUCUCUCUCUCUCUAUCUCUAUCUCUUACAUGGCCACCACCACCACCACAGCUUCAUUGAAAUGGAACCACACCUUCUGUAUCCACCUCCCUCCUCCUUCUCCUCCUAGGCUCCUCCCAACCACCACUACCACCACCUCAUUCGCCAGACCCGUUAAAUUAUCAGGAACCUUGAAUUUGAACCUUCAAACCCCCUCCAAACUCAGCGUUAAAUGCUUUAUCUUCACCAACAAGAACAAGAACCAUGUAACCACCGACUUAGACUUGUCCUCCGACUCUAAAACCCAAAACCCAUUUGAGGUUUUUGCAAAUACUCUCCUUAAUGCAAUAAAAGCAUUGAGAAAACCAGCGGUGGCCGCUGUUCUAUUGGGUUUGCUGUUGUUAUACGAUCCCAAUUCGGCAUUGGCCGCCUCCGGUGGCCGAAUGGGCGGCAGGUCGUUUUCCUCGUCGUCGUCGUCGAGGAGUUAUUCGGUGCCGAGGAAUUCGGGAGGUGGGUUUUCUUUUUCGGCGCCGUAUUAUGCGCCGUCGCCUUUCGGCGGUGGUGGCGGGUUCUAUAUGGGGCCGGCUGUGGGGGUCGGGUCGAGUUUCUUCUUCAUUUUGAUGGGUUUCGCAGCGUUUGUUUUGGUUUCGGGGGUUCUUUCGGAUCGGGCGGAGGGUGGGGUGCUUACUGCCACUGAGAAAACCAGUGUGCUCAAGCUUCAGGUUGGGUUGCUGGGCAUGGGGCGGUCACUUCAAAUGGAUCUUAAUCGGAUUGCUGAAACUGCAGAUACAUCUAGCUCUUCGGGUUUGAGCUAUGUAUUGACAGAGACAACGCUAGCUUUGCUUCGGCAUCCCAGUUAUUGUAUCUCAGGUUAUUCAGCUGUGGAUAUAAAGAGGAGCAUGGAGGACGGAGAGAAACGCUUCAAUCAACUUUCUAUUGAAGAACGGGGGAAAUUUGAUGAAGAAACACUAGUCAAUGUGAACAACAUUAAAAAGCAAAGUACAUCUAGCCAGAGAGCUAAUGGAUUCAGCAAUGAGUACAUAGUGAUAACAAUCUUGGUGGCUGCUGAAGGAGUACAUAAGCUCCCCACCAUCAAUGGCAGUGGGGACUUGAAAGAAGCAUUGCAAAAGCUUGGAUCCAUUCCCUCAAGUAAAAUACUAGCAGUUGAGGUAUUGUGGACCCCUCAGAAUGAGAAUGACACCCUGUCAGAGCGGGAACUUCUUGAAGAUUAUCCACUUUUGAGGCCUUUGUAAGAGUAUUGUAAUAAGCUACCUUAUAACAUGCAGUAAGAGGUAUGAGCUCAACCGCAUAUUGGAUCUAAGAUGGCAUUUGUAUAGGAAACUUAGUCUAUAGUUCACAGAAAUUGUAAUUGUCUAAGAUUUGACUAGAUGUAUGCAGCUGUUCUCAAUUUGUUAGUUUAAAACAGUGGUUGUAUAUUUACUUCAAGGCAUUCCCUUUCUUUUACCAA